GAGAGUUCUUCGACCGCCUCUUCUCGCAUGAAGUACUCCUUUGAAAAGACGAGCUAUCCCGGACUCAUAAUCCCACCGAUCAUACUCAGCUUGAGUUGUGUCCGUUCGUCGAGCGCAUCGCCAUGGCGUCCGAGUGGAGCGAAUACCUCGCCAAUGGGAUCCCCGUCGCCGAGGGUGAAACCAUACCCAACCGCAAGGAGAUCCGUUCGUUGACCGACGCGGAACUCUACGUAUACGUCAAAGGACUCCGACUGUUCUACGAUGUGGACAAACAGGAUCCGCUCUCCUACUUCCAGAUCGCCGGAAUUCACGGAUUGCCGUAUGAGAAUUGGCCGACGAACGAAGCCUGGAAUGACAUUCCCGUCAGAAAAGUCGACCCCAAUCCCAACGCGCCUGAGCGGGACUUUGGUGGUUUCUGUACCCAUUCCUCCAUUUUGUUCCUCACCUGGCACCGUCCGUAUCUGGCACUUUUCGAGUCGGCUCUCUAUAAGCAUGUCCAGGAAGCAGCACGGUUGGUCGACGAUCAAGAUCCCCUCAAGUCGGAAUAUCUCGCAGCUGCCAAAAGCUUCCGCAUGCCGUAUUGGGACUGGGCGCUCCCACGAGACAUUGGAUCCGUCUUUCCGCUGUUCGCUCUGACUGACGAUGGUUUGCCCGGGGACAUCAAAUCCAAGGCCAAGUUGGAUUACAAUCCGCUUUUCAAAUAUGUCUUUCCGGCGGAGGACGGCGCGUCUGCGGAGGAACAGGCCGCGUGGGACGCCCUCACAUAUAAGGGCAAAGGCGAGGUCGUACGAUAUCCUCUAGGUCGUCAGCCCUCCGAUGGGGAGAAGGGAGACAUGGAGAACGCGCUUGAGACCUUUUUCGCGCAACAAGAAUCUACUCUGCCUCCCCCUGGUCAGAAUCUGACCGAGCGCAUCACGUACCUCCUCCAAGGCUACAGUGAAUUUGGCCCCUUCAGCCACAAUCGUUAUUUCCCGCCCACUGACAAGGACGAUCCCACCAUGGACGCCAACAAAUACGGCAGCGUCGAGGAUGUGCAUAAUUACUUGCACGAUCUCAUCGGAGGAGGAGGACAGAUGGGUGAUCCUGCCACAUCCGCUUUCGACCCUAUCUUCUGGCUGCAUCACACGAACAUCGAUCGCUUACUUGCCAUCUGGCAAGGUCUGUGGCAAGAAGACAACAAGGCCGAUACAUGGGUGACUCCGCAGCCCAACGGCAAGGCGAACAUCGUCCAACUCCAAAAAGAUGAGCAGACCGUGCUAACUAAACUGUAUCCGUUCCGACCCACGCCUACGACCUGGUAUGAUUCGAACACGAUGAAGCAGACCAAGGAUUUCGGAUACUACUAUCCCGAGACUGCCGGCACCACCUAUCCCAUCGAUGAGACCGCGAAGACAGCGCUGCGAGCCAAGAUCACCGCCUUGUACCCAUCUCCCGCGCGACUGUUCGUCAUGAGCAAGAAAGGGCUCGACGGGGCCGAGAAGACGCUACUUCCCAAGGCCGAAAUCGUCAAAUCUGUCGAGAGCGAAUCGGCGCCGGUCGCCGUUACCGCCGCUACAUCGCGAAAGCUCAAAGACCUCAUCCCCGCCAAUGACAAACAUCUCGAAUGGCUCGUCAACAUCAAGGCCGAGAAGCACGCCCUCGGAGGCGAUUACUCCGUCUUCAUCUUCCUGGGCCCUCCCGAUGACGCCCAGCCUAGCCAAUGGCAAUUCUCGCCGCUGUACGUCGGCGCAUUCUAUCCUUUCGGCCAGAGCAACGAGACCAGCUGCGCAAAUUGUCGAGAUGCCCAGCGUGACCACACCAACAUCACCGGUCAAAUCCCCUUGACCUUGGCCCUGAUGGAGAGAUAUCUCGUCGAUAUCAUCCCGGAUAUGCAACAUUCGACCGUGGUGGAGUAUCUGAAGGUCAACCUCCAUUGGCGAGUUCGAAAGAACGGCCGGAAACUCGACAACCGAUCAGACGUCGAUGGCCUCAAGGUCUUCGUCGUCACCAAUGAGGUCACUCUUCCCGAGCAUGAGUCUCGGUUACCCGACUAUGCCUAUGAUGUAACUCCCGUGUUGGAGAUCACCACGAAGGAGGAUGGAAGCGGCGGUAGAGGUGAAGGCACCGGGUUGACCAACGCCGAUGUUCCGAGUGCUCCGUAAGCGAUGAUCGCGUCAC